GCCGAGAGGCAGGAGGCACUUGGGAUCGUCCGCAGGGUUUGGGACUGCUACAGAGGCCGCCACGGAGCCCGCCGGAGCCACCGUUCCUGCUGCUGCCGCCGCCGCCCGAAUCGGAACCGUCGGGCUGCAGCCGCCGGCAAUGCCGCGGAGGAAGAGAAAUGCAGGCAGUAGUUCAGAUGGAACCGAAGAUUCCGAUUUUUCUACAGAUCUUGAGCAUACAGACAGUUCAGAGAGUGACGGCACGUCACGACGGUCUGCCCGAGUCACCCGCUCUUCAGCCAGGCUAAGCCAGAGUUCUCAAGAUUCCAGCCCUGUUCGAAAUUUACCAUCUUUCGGCACUGAGGAGCCUGCCUAUUCUACCAGAAGAGUGACCCGUAGUCAGCAGCAGCCCACCCCAGUGACUCCAAAAAAGUACCCUCUUCGGCAGACUCGUUCAUCUGGCUCUGAAACGGAACAGGUGGUUGAUUUUUCAGAUAGAGAAACUAAAAAUACAGCUGAUCAUGAUGAGUCACCACCUCGAACUCCAACUGGAAAUGCACCUUCUUCUGAGUCUGACAUAGACAUCUCUAGCCCCAACGUGUCUCAUGAUGAGAGCAUUGCCAAGGACAUGUCCCUGAAGGACUCAGGCAGUGACCUCUCUCACCGUCCCAAGCGCCGUCGAUUUCAUGAAAGCUACAAUUUCAAUAUGAAGUGUCCUACACCAGGCUGCAACUCUCUAGGACAUCUUACAGGAAAACACGAGAGACAUUUCUCCAUCUCAGGAUGCCCGCUCUAUCAUAACCUCUCAGCUGAUGAAUGCAAGGUGAGAGCACAGAGCCGGGAUAAGCAGAUAGAAGAAAGGAUGCUGUCCCACAGGCAAGAUGACAACAACAGGCAUGCGACCAGGCACCAGGCACCAACAGAGAGGCAGCUGCGGUAUAAGGAAAAGGUGGCUGAACUCAGGAAGAAAAGAAAUUCUGGGCUGAGCAAAGAGCAGAAAGAGAAAUAUAUGGAACACAGACAGACCUAUGGGAACACUCGGGAGCCUCUCUUGGAAAACCUGACGAGUGAAUAUGACUUAGAUCUUUUCCGAAGAGCACAAGCUCGGGCUUCUGAGGAUUUGGAGAAGUUAAGGCUUCAAGGCCAAAUAACAGAGGGAAGCAACAUGAUUAAAACAAUUGCUUUUGGCCGCUAUGAGCUGGAUACUUGGUACCAUUCUCCCUAUCCUGAAGAAUAUGCACGGCUGGGGCGUCUCUACAUGUGUGAAUUCUGUUUAAAAUACAUGAAGAGCCAAACAAUACUCCGCCGACACAUGGCCAAGUGUGUAUGGAAACACCCCCCUGGUGAUGAGAUAUACCGCAAAGGCUCCAUCUCUGUGUUUGAAGUAGAUGGCAAGAAAAACAAGAUCUACUGCCAAAACCUGUGCCUUUUGGCGAAGCUUUUUCUGGACCAUAAGACAUUAUACUAUGAUGUAGAACCUUUCCUGUUCUACGUUAUGACAGAAGCGGACAAUACUGGCUGUCACCUGAUUGGAUAUUUUUCUAAGGAGAAGAAUUCAUUUCUCAACUACAAUGUAUCCUGUAUCCUUACCAUGCCUCAGUAUAUGAGACAGGGCUAUGGCAAAAUGCUCAUUGAUUUUAGUUAUUUACUUUCCAAAGUGGAAGAGAAGGUUGGCUCUCCAGAGCGCCCCCUGUCGGACUUGGGCCUCAUAAGCUACCGAAGCUACUGGAAGGAAGUGCUGCUCCGGUACCUGCACAACUUCCAGGGCAAGGAGAUUUCCAUCAAAGAAAUCAGCCAGGAAACAGCUGUGAAUCCCGUGGACAUUGUCAGCACUCUGCAAGCCCUUCAGAUGCUCAAGUAUUGGAAAGGCAAGCACCUAGUUUUAAAGAGACAGGACCUGAUAGAUGAGUGGAUAGCCAAAGAGGCCAAAAGGUCCAACUCCAAUAAAACCAUGGAUCCAAGCUGCUUAAAAUGGACCCCUCCCAAGGGCACUUAAAGUGACCUGUCAUUCUGAGCCAGCGAGCCCCAGCAGUAGGAAUCCGUACCCUAGGGAUCUGUCUGUCAUUUCUGUUGCUCUUGUGAUUGGCAAGUACAGUAUCCUUUGGGAAGGCCACCCCUCAGGACUGUCCUGGCUCCGACCUUCGUGUACUCUGCAGACACUAGUUCUGAGGAACUGUUGUUUCGGCCUCAGUGAGGUUGCCUGGACGGAUCUGUAUCAGGCUCCAGUGCAGAUCCUCAUAGCACUGACCCAAGGAGUUGUGUUAUGGUACUGUACCUGUCCAGUCACUGGUUGUUCCCGCCUCAUGCUCUUUAUCCCCAUGAGGUCUGUUGUGUCCUGAACUUUGUGCUAGUGCUUUUUCCUGCCUGGUCACCAGACCUCCAAACAUGGUUGCCACCGAAGGGCCCUUUCCAGUUAUUCCUUAAACAUAGUCUUCGUGAAGGGGCGGGGAAGAGGCAGCACUUGUGAGUAUAUGUGUGUCUACUGGGAGGGGUCCAUUCACCUUGAUUUCAUCUCACAAUCACUUAUUUUUCUCCAUUGUUUGUCCAAUGACUUGCCUUUGGUCAGGAUCAGGCUGGCCCGAGCUAGGUUCUCCUGAAGCAUUCCCAGGGAACCACAGCCCCUGGUCCAAUGAGAUGAGGGGAGAGGAAGAGGUGGUGACUUCAUGUUCUCCUUUGUAUUCACUUGUGGGCACUGGGGCAGUAUCUUGCUGGAAAGAAAUGGAUAUUCUUUUGUCCACAGCAGAAAGUGCCCCUCUCUUCAUUUCCUGCCCCUUUUAUGUUGGCAAUUGCCAAGUAUUUUAACAGUUUCAUGCCACAUGUUAAUUGAUUUAUCACACUGCAGAUAUUCCCACCUGCCUUUGCCAGUCUGGUCUAGGGCAGCUGUACUUCCACAUACGUUGCACUGAUUUUGUCCAGAGCUUCCUGGGAGAAGUGGAAGGUGGUUGAAAAUGACGUGUGUUUCUCAGCCCGUGACUCAGCAAGACAGAGUGGCCACACCACUCCAGUUUGCUUCCCUUCUCCAGUGCCUCCCCCAGCAGGCUGAAGUGCUUCUGUCCCUCCAAGAACUUCAUUUCCCUUUUGGGACUUCACCAUCCUCCUCUUCUCUGGUUCUAUUUUUAGUGGUGUUAAGUGAAGGAAGAAGUGUUCCCUCUAAUUUCUCCCUGUCCCGUUAUAUAACCUGCUAUCUUGGGGCAGCUUUUGAUGUCUGACAUGUCACCCUUCCCAACUUGGUCUCCUCCAGCACUGCUGUCUUCACGUGGCACCCUCACCACAACCCUAACUCUGGUCAUUUGUGCCUUUCUCUUGUCAUCUCUACACUACUAAUCCUCACUGUGGGUUGGAGGGAGCUGAGCUGAAGCAUGGUCAGUGGCAGCCCUCCAGGUUCAGUGUCACUGUUAAAAUUUAUCCAAAUGCCGCUUCACUGGGGCUUUUCUUAAGGGGUAAAGGCCUUUUACAGAUGCUGAACCCUUCCCCACGUGUGGUAGAAUGUGCUCUUCUAUAUCUACUCAAUAAAGCAUGUUCUCUGCUCAUGUCUGAUUAA